AUGGUACACACGGCGGAACACACCAACGAGUUCACUCUGGAGUUCAAUCAAAUACACGAAGGUGGAGCCAUGUACAUAUCGUGUGGGAGUACGGAUAGUACUCCCAUGGAGCCGGAGACGGGAUACGUCCCGAACAAUCCCCUCUUCGGGAUGCCCCUCGACAGCCCGCAGGAAUGCCCAUCGUCCUGCGGUGGUAGUGGCUGUACCAGCUGUCAGGAGAGCACAGCAUCGUUACCCCUUGCGGGACUGCACGGAUCGGAUUUCGGUGACUGCGGAAACUGUCUGGACCACAGCGGCGUACUGAGCUCGCAAAGCAAUCUCGGCAGCUACUGGAGCGAGGACAUGAGCACCUUUCCCGGUCUACCACCGCUGGACAUCGAUCCGCUACCGAGUUUGUUUCCCUUCUCGCCGUGUGGCGCCUCCUACAACCGUCCUGAGCGACCAACACACGACGUAGCGGACGUGCUGCUUUCGCUAAAACACGCCGUCCUCAAGCAAAGCCCUGACCCACAACCAGGACUCGGACAGGGUCAAAACUUUGGCACCCCACAGGCAUCCCUCUCGUACACCGUCCACCCACAAAUGCUGCUCUCACCGGUCAGCCAUCACGGCUCACACGCUCACUACAACCAGAUGCAGUCCCAACCGGGUGGUCCGUACGGUGCCAACUACUACGAUUCGUCCUGCGCACAACAUUCGGGCCCUCCGCUUUACCCAAGCAUGAGCGUCAACGUCAGCAUGAACAUGACGAUGCACGGGUACGGUGGGGACGCCUCUGUCCCGAUGCAGUGCUCCCAGAUGCAAUGGGGCGCCCAGAAUGCGUCCUCAUCCGUGAACGUCCUGUAUCCGCCCUUGCUGAGUCCGGUACCGUACCCACCGGGUGCGACGUACUCCUUUACGGCGGAUUUCCGACCCCAAAGUCAACCAUCGGCACCGGUUACGGUACCGACGGGUGGAUCCGUUUCACCACUCGCACACGAACCUUCGCCCACGUCGCGUAGUUCGGCCACACUCACACCACAGAAGCCACAGCCGCUUCAGCACGCGCACCAUCUGCACCAGCAACAGCAGCAGCAACAGCAACAGCAGCUUCAACAGCAACAGCAACAUCUGCAGCAACAACAGCAGGUUCAACUGCAACACCACCACCAGCAGCAACAGCAACAACAUCAGCAGCAACAACAGUAUUACCAACACGCGCAUCAUCAUUCGCAUCAUACGCAUCAUCUGCAUCAUCUCCACGCGCAGACUCAAAGCUCCGGAGCAUCACCGACGGAUGAUUGUACGCCACCAAAAAGUGCGACACCACCCGAUUUCGGUUCCAUCGAACCUGACCGGACACCGACACCACCGGUGGCAUCGGUGGCUUCGGCCGCAGCGAUGGCUGCCGCUUCGGUUGGGUUUGCGGCCGCUCUUAAGAUGAAAGCGGAAGCUCGCUCCUUUGGGCUCAGCUUCACGGAUGUGGGUGUUGGUGGUGCGGAUGCCGGUGUAACGGAGCGCACAACGGCACCCGGUACCGGUCCGGAAGAUGACGAAGAUGAUGAGGGUAGCGGAAGCGGAAGUGAUGGGGCGGUUGGUGGGGAUAGCAAGCCGAACCUGUGCCGGCUUUGUGGUAAAACGUACGCCCGGCCGAGUACGCUGAAGACGCACCUGCGGACACAUUCGGGCGAGCGGCCAUACCGGUGUCCGGAUUGCAACAAAAGCUUCUCGCAGGCGGCCAACCUGACCGCGCACGUUCGCACGCACACGGGCCAGAAGCCGUUCCGGUGUCCCAUUUGUGAUAGGCGGUUCUCGCAGAGCUCCAGUGUUACGACGCACAUGCGAACGCAUUCCGGCGAGCGACCGUACCGGUGCCGGGCGUGUAAGAAAGCGUUUUCGGACAGUUCCACGUUGACGAAGCACCUGCGGAUACACAGCGGAGAAAAACCGUACCAGUGCAAGCUGUGUCUGCUGAGGUUCUCACAAUCGGGCAAUCUCAAUAGGCACAUGCGUGUCCAUGGCAACAACGGUCAGGCGCUGAUUACUUGA